ACUUGAGAUGGUUUCUGUGUGCUCGGCCGGGCGCUUUGCCAUACUCUGGCCUUGCGACUCCGUCGCUCCGUCGCCCCAUGGCCGGAACGCCGGAACGUCAUGGCCCUGAGGUGUUUGGCGAUUCGGAUCGUGAUUCGAGGCCGAUUGCUCACCCGCGGCUGCAGCGAGACGGCCUGGCAGCAGCAGAGCGCCCUGGCUCGAAACUUGCGCGGCCUGGAGCCACAGGAGGUCUGCCAGGCCGUGGCCCGCUUUGGGGGCGCUGAAGCCCUGGACUUCCUGAACCUCCUCACUGCCCUGCAGCGCUUGGUGCGGAGAAGCCCGCGCCGGAUGCCGAGUGAGGAGGAGGAGCUGGCGCGGCAGCUCAUGCGGGCCAUGUGCCAGCACUUGGGCUCUUCGGAUAGCCGCGAGCGGCACCGUGCGAGGCGCCUCGGUUGGCUGGCGCAGGGCGCCUGGGCGGCCGCCAAGUGCCGCGAGCUGCCGGAGGCGCAGGCCCUGCUGCAGGAGGUGGGCCUGGCCCUGCGCGCAGUCCUGGAGCGGCGCAAGGCCCCGCUGGAAGCGAGGGACGCGGCGCAGCUGCUCUGGGCCUUGGCCUCGGGCCGGGUGGCGCUGCCCGGCCUCAGCCUGGCGGGCCGGCUGCGGCCGCAGGACUUCAGCCCGCAGGACACGGCCAACGUGCUCUGGGCCUUGGGCCGCCUGGAGGACGAGGAGCUCUUUGCGGAGCUGCUGCCGCGGGCGGAGGCGCAGGUGGAGCAGAUGGAACCCCAGGGCCUCGCUGCGGUGCUUGCCACGUUGGCCCAGCGCAGAGGCGACGCGACCGUGGCGACUGCGGCCGCGGGGCUGGUGCAGCGCGCCGCGCGGAGAGUGCAGCGGGACAUUGAGCAGACUUCCCGGUUGCAGGACUCAGCGUGGAGGGUGGCGGAGCUUGUGCAGCUGUGCUGGGCUUUCAGCGCUUUGCAGCUGGAGGCCGCUCAGUUCCAGCACCUGGCGCUGCGCCUGGCGCGGGAGGCGAAUAGCCCGAGUAGCUCGCAGGCCUUUGCUGCCCGGGAUUUGUCGCUUCUGGCCUGGAGCUUCGCCAACUCCAGCUCAGUGCCGCUGGCACUGGAGGUGCCGAGGAUCGCGCAGGCGGCGCUGCCGAGACUUCGAGAGUUUGACAACCAAGGCGUGGCCAACCUCUGCUGGGCUUUGGGCAGCACCGGCACCGCGGACCGCGCCAUCUUCGCGCGCCUCGCGCACGCCGAAGAGCUCGACUUCACCGCGCGGCAGCUGGCGAACAUCUGCUGGGCGUCGGCGACGGUCGCCUUCCUCCAAAGGGACAUCUUUGAGCAGGCAGACCGCCUCGCACAGAGGAGCCUCGGGGCGUUCCAAGCCCCGGAGGCGGCCUCGCUGCUGUGGUCCUUCGCCCAGGUCUCGCUGCAGCCCACGUGGCACCCGGAGGUCCCAGGCACGGCGCGGGAGGCGGCCAACGUAUGCUGGUCCCUGGCGGUCUUGGGCCUGCACCGCGAGGACGUGCUGGCGCACACCGCGAAGUUGAUGGAGGGAGAUGCUUUGGAGAUCCAUUUGGCCCAGUGGCAUCUCGCCUUCCUCGCCUACAAGUUAGAAGCCGCAGGCCCCGCCGCCGCCUCCCGCUUCGGCGAAGCCUGGCUCCGGCGCACGGGGCGGGCGGCGCACGCGGUGGCGCAACGCAGCACCAGCUCCAAGAUCCACGGGGACGUGUCGGCGGAGGUGAGGAAGAUUUGCCGGGGCGAACUCAUCCAGGAUGAGCUGGUUGUGGAGCAGUGUUUGGUGCUGGACAUCGCCUGGCCUCAGCGGAAGUUGGCCCUGGAGGUGGACGGCCCCUGGCACUGGGCCCGCACGCUGCCGGGAGAUGUUUUGGUGGAGCUGGGCCCUUCGCGCCUCAAGCGCCGGCUGCUGGACCGCCUGGGCUGGCAGGUGCUGCACCUCAGCUACGACGCCUGGCGCUGCGACCGCAGAGCGGCCAUGCGCGAGCUGCUGCCCGUGCUGAAACCGAAGAACGUCUUGGGCAAGGGCAGCUUCGGGAAGGCCUAUUUGGUGAAGAACACCGAGGAGAAUGAGCUUUGUGUGGUCAAGCAGAUGGAGACAUCUGCGAUGGAGGCCAAGGCGCCUUCCUUCUCCCGCGCUGACUGA